AAAAAGAGUCCAAUGUCAUUAUAAGUCGAAAUUAGCCGACAUAUUAAAGCUCAAUUGUGAUUGUUGUUAUUUCAACGUUCUUGGACAUUUUAGUGUCGAAAAAAAUUCCACCGGUAAGCCUAUUCAAACAUUUCCAUGUCGGAGCCCCAGAGAUUCUUACUUCCUUCCACGAUCACCAGUAACCAUUAAUGUCUCUAUCAAGAUCAUUCCUCUCAAGGCAUUCUUCUUCCUUUCGUUGUUUCUCUCUAUCUUCCAAAUCUCAACCAAGCACACACCCACCGUUUUCUCUUUCCUCCGCCGAUGUCACGUCGCGGGCUGAUGUUAUUGAUGGAGAAGAUGGUGGUACAUGGUCGUCCUUGUUGCCGGAGAUUUUGGCCGAUAUAAUAGCACGAGUUGAUUCUUCUAACGAUGAAUGGCCUUUUCGUCGAAACGUGGUUGUUUGCGCAUGCGUUUGUAGAAGGUGGAGAGAUGUUACUAAAGAGAUUUUAAAAGCUCCUGUUUGUACUGGGAGGAUCACUUUUCCUUCUUGCCUUAAACAGCCUGGACCACGUGAAGUUCCUCUUCAGUGUCUCAUAAAAUGGGACAGGAGAAAUUCUACAUUCUACCUAUACCUCUCUGUAUCACCAUCAUCAUUUGCAGAGAAAGGCAAAUUUCUUUUAGCUGCUAAGAGGUAUUGGCGUGGUGCACACAUUGAGUACAUUAUAUCACUUGAUGCUAACGAUCUAUCACAAGGAAGUCAAGCGUAUGUUGGAAAGUUAAGCUCGGACUUUCUUGGUACGAACUUUAAAAUAUAUGAUAGCCUUCCACCUCAUGAUGGAGCCAAACCAUCUAGUAGCAGAUCCACUCGUCGUUUUGCAAGCAAACAGAUAAGCCCCCAACUUCCAGCUGGUAAUUAUGAAGUUGGGCAAGUAUUUUACAAACUUAACCUCUUGAAGUCAAGAGGCCCAAGAAGGAUGUAUUGUUCCCUUAAAUGCCCUGGAUCACUGGGAGAUACCUCUGCAGACCGGGCAGAGUAUAGCGAUUCUAAGUUAGCCGAUCUGGAUUUUAGUUGUACUGUUCUGAAGAGUAAAACACCACGGUGGUACGAGCACCUGCAGCGCUGGUGCUUAAAUUUUCAUGGACGGGUAACAGUAGCUUCAGUGAAGAACUUUCAACUUAUAGCGACAGUCGAUCAAAGCCAACCGGAUGGAAAAGGUGAUGAAGAGGUGGUUCUCCUACAGUUCGGAAAGGUUGGAGACCACACUUUUACCAUGGAUUACCGUCAGCCACUCUCGGCCUUCCAAGCAUUUGCAAUUUGUCUAACAAGCUUUGGUAAAAAACUUGCAUGUGAGUGAACUGCCUUUAAUGCGUUGUAUCAAUGGAAUGGGUAUAGCUCAAUAGAAGUAUGUUUGAAUGUAAUGUUCUUAUCAUUAAUUAUAGACAAAAGAAAGGAAAAAAUAAAUCAAAAAAAAUGAUGUCUUUAAGA